AUGGCUGAAGCCGUGGGAACUGCCCUCGCCGUAGUAGGCGUCCUCGGCCAACUCUUCGACGGCUGCGUCAGAGCCUACAGCCUCUUCACCGCAGCAGCCAACCUUGACACAGAUAGCCAGAGACUUCUAUGUAAAGUACGCAUUGAGGAGAUGCGCCUGGUCGUCUGGGGCCGGGACUGGGGUGUUGCCGAGGGAAGACUUGAAGCUCAUCUUGAGAGCACAAGGAAUCCCCAGCUGAGGAGUUUGGCACUUCAAAUCCUCGAGGAGUUGCAUAGCGCAGUCACAGACUUCAAGAAACUGAAGAACAGAUACGGGCUAGUUGACGAGGGGAGAGCCAGCUUGGAAGUCACUGGAUCGAAGCCAAGAAAGUCGCCUUCACCUUCAAGGAAGAGAUCAAAAGAUGAUGAGAGUCGUGACUUGAAUGGUGUUUCAAGAGUAACAAGUGAAAGGAACUGGGGCAAGGAGAUGGGUUUAAGAGCGAGAUGGGUUAUAGCAGAUAAAGACAAGUUCAUAAACCUGCUAAGGGACCUGCGAGACUUUAACGAUGGCCUCGAACGCCUUUUUCCAACCUCCCAUCUCCCAUCGUUUCAACGGGCUUGGACGAACCAGCUGCUCGAGUCUGCGCAGCGUGAUGUGACCCAGCUUACCCUCCUUGAAAUUGCCUCAGACGGCGUCUACCCCAAGCUCACCACUUCGGCCAACCUCAAGAAGCUCCGAAUCAACCUAGACGCCAAGCCCCAAGCCUCAUUCAAGCCGACGUUCGCUCUCAAGGUUCCCCGUGCUGCACUUGAUCUCAGUGAUGAUGCUGGUGGUGGUGGGAGAAGUACAGGGCGGCAUGGGAGCGCCGGGGAUGUUGUGAUUGAGUGGGUUGACUAUGAUCGCGAUGAUGUAGAUGAGCGUGUAGCUCAUGUGCGUCGUCUCGACGAUCUCGCUCGCAUGAUGCACUCCGCUUCCGACUGCCACCCUGACCUCCAUAGCAUCGACUGCGUAGGCUACGUUGACGAUACUUCACGGUGCAGAUACGGGCUCGUAUACAAAGCGCCCUCGCCGUCCUUCUCAACGCUCCAUGAACUCAUCGCCAGCUCGGAUCUCAAGACUCCUAACCUCGAUGAUCGAGUCCGCUUGGCACAUACGCUCGCUGUCGCCUUGUGGUCUCUGCACUCACUUGACUGGCUUCAUAAAAGCCUUUGCAGCUCAAACAUCCUCUUCUUCCCUUCAGCCUUUUCGGCAUCAGCCCACUCGUCAACUGCUGCUGGGGCACUUGUACCAGAUAUACAGUGCCCUUAUCUGACGGGUUUCGAUGCUUCAAGACCAGACCUUGACACUGCGCUCUCUGUCGCGCCCCGUAAUCCUUCUAUCCUUACGCUACACCGACACCCAGCUUCCUUGCGAGGCUUUCCUCACUGCAAGCCCAUGGAUAUCUAUAGUCUGGGUUUGGUGCUCCUCGAAAUAGGUCUCUGGAAGGUUCUUCAAACAUACCAUAAACCACACUACUCCACGGGUCGAUGGCGCGACAAGGUCCUGCGUGCGGUUCUCGUUCCCGGUCUGGGUAGCAAGGUCGGUAGUCGAUAUCGCGAUGUCGUGGACAAGUGUUUGGCCGUGAGUGAAGAGAUGACAAGUGCUGAGGCUGGCAAGGUGAUAGAAGAUGUUGUCACAGCUCUCGAAGCCAUCCGGACCUGA